UGGUAAUUAUCUAGAGCAAGUGCGACCAGGAGGAUUGCACCAAUCGUCCACCUUCGUGUACCAAAUCAAAAAUCUCCGAUGAAGCAAGGACUUCUCCUAUGGAGUCCUCGCCUCCUCCAUUUUCUCUCUCUACAAUCUUCUCCUUCUCUACCUCUCUCUACAAGAUCACCCAUUUACUGCACUCCAAUCUCUGCAACACUCGAGUCCGUCAAUGGAAAAACCCUGACUGCUAGAGAGAGAAGACAGCUGAGAAACGAGAGGAGAGAGAGCAAACCCAACUACAAUUGGAAAGAAGAAGUAGAGGAGAGGCUCUUGAAGAAGCCCAAGAAGAGGUACGCCUCUUGGACCGAAGAGCUCAACCUUGACAACCUCGCUCUCUUGGGUCCUCAAUGGUGGGUCGUCAGGGUUUCCAGGGUUUCGGGUCAGGACACUGCGGAACGCCUCGCUCGUACGUUGGCCCGUAAUUACCCCAACAUCGAUUUCAAGGUCUAUGUUCCAGCAGUGCAGGUGAAAAGGAAAUUAAAGAAUGGAUCUUACUCGGUUAAACCAAAACCCCUCUUUCCUGGCUGUGUGUUUUUGAGAUGUGUUCUGAACAAGGAAAUGCAUGAUUUUAUAAGGGAAUGUGAUGGUGUUGGAGGCUUUGUCGGAUCCAAGGUUGGAAAUACAAAGAGACAGAUCAACAAACCCAGGCCAGUAUCCGUUGAUGACAUGGAAGCAAUCUUCCAACAAGCAAAGGAAGAGCAAGAAAAGACUGACCAAGCUUUCAAAGAAGAGCAGCAAAGAGAAGGAAUCCUCGGCACUGAGAAACUGGAUAUAGUCUAUAUAGAUUCUCAAUCAGCUUCCAAAGAUGUCACGACAUCAGUUGUAGCUUCCAAGCCAAAACGGCGAUCCAGAAAAGCUUCAAAGGCUCUUUUGGAUGGCCAAUCAACAGGAAGAGAUGAUAAGAAUCUUUUUAUAGGUUCAUCUGUUCGAGUUGUAUCUGGAACAUUUGCUGAGUUCACCGCCACCCUUAAGAAGCUGGAUCACGAGACAGGAAAGGCAACUGUUGGAUUUACCCUCUUUGGGAAAGAGACCUUGGUCGACCUAGAUGUUAAUGAAAUUGUUGGUGGAACAAAGUAAUUUAAAGAGUUUCUUUCCUGAUAUUUUUUUUCAUAAGUUUUCUUGUGAGAUUGAUUCUAUUUCUUUUAAGUAGGUAAAAUGUGGAGCAUUAGCAAUCUAAAGACAAGAUUUACUUA